ACUGUCUUAAAAAAAGACGAUCAAGCGCAGCAGAGAAACAUUGUUCAACGCUCUUCCUUAUUUUAAUUCAAUGUCUAAUAAACUUCUUGUCAAACCAACACAGCACAACAAUCCAGUUUUAAAACACAUUCGCAAUGUUCCUUGGGAGCCUGCAGAUUACAUUAGGGCUGAUUUCGUAGUAGGAAAAACAACGGGUGUUGUAUACCUUACUUUGAAAUACCACAGACUGUAUCCGACAUAUAUAUAUGAUCGUCUAACGGAAUUAAAGAAUUGUUAUGUGGGGCGUGUUAUGCUAGUCUUUGUAGACACAGAUGCCUACCAUGAGGCAUUAAGAGAAAUAAAUCAUUUGGCUAUCGUAAACGAUUUCACCUUAAUGUUGGCUUGGAGUUUAGAAGAAGCGGGAAGAUAUUUGGAGGCAUACAAGGCCUUUGAACAUAAAGGGCCAGAUUUAAUUCGCGAACGAGUUCAAAAUGAAUUUCUGGCAAAAAUGACAGAUUGUCUCACUCAAGUCAAAAGUGUAAAUAAAACCGAUGUCUUGACAUUGUUAUCGACAUUUGGAUCUCUGCAGAAGAUCGCUGAUGCAAAGUCCGAUCAACUCGCCAUGUGUCCUGGAUUUGGAGAACAGAAAGUCAAGAAGCUUCAACAAGUUUGGAAACAACCUUUUUUGGCCAACAAGAAAUAGUUUUUUUUUUCCCUUAGAAAAUUAAUUUGACAUAUAAUAAAGCAAACUUGAUCUAAA